UGGAGUUUCCCAGUUGGGCUUUCCUAGUUGCGUCUUUGUUCCUGACACAGGUUUGGAAGACCUCACAUCGUCAUGGCAGCAUGCCAUGGAAUGUUGACUUACAGAACUUGUUAAGAAGAAUGUUCAAACUAGAAUGUUCAGUGCGUUACAAAAAUCUGCUCAGUCUAACUUGAGACUUCAGAGAGGGCAGUUGAUUCAACAUGAGGCUCUGCGUUUUAUCCCGCUACUGCAUACCUGUACCUGAAAUGGACAGCGAUGACGAUGUGGUGACAUCAAAGAUCAAGGUGGACACCAGAAAGCAAGAAAAUUGGAGAAAGACUGGGAAGAAGCUGAGAAAAGAGAUCAAGUGCCUGAGGAAAUGGAUGGCAGACAGGAGGGGGAAGGCGCCGAAGAAGGCCAUCAUUGGAGCCCAGGAAGAGGUGACGAAGGCUGCAGCACCAGCUAAGGUGAAGGAGAAGGCUGGAGUGACAGUGGAGAGCCGUCACAAUUGUCUGAUAAAUAUUCACCAGGCCAUGGCUCACCCUAGGCAGGAUGGACAAGAUAUUAUUAAUCCUGUGGUUGUGGCUGUGAGUUUGGCUAAUGCUAAUUCUCAGAAGAAGGAACCAUGGUCACUCCCUUGCCCAACACUGAAGGGAGAGGAGAAGAGGCAAAAAGUGCUGAGCUGGUCUGACCACACUGAGGCAGCAACGAUGAUGUCUGACACUGUAUGCAGUGUCACCCCACCUGACUCUGCUCGUUCCCGCUCAUUAUGCCAUAGUCAUUUGUCCCCGGAGGCACCAGAGGAGGAGAGGAGGCUGCAGCUACUGGUCUGGUUGGAGAGAAGAGGCCUAACCAUCAUGCAAGCAGCUGACACACUGGCUGCAGACAGCUCUUCUUUGGACAAGACAAGAUCUCAGCUGGCCAAACGGGACGGCAGAAGCCCUCGGGUGGUCACUGAUGGAAACCAAGAGCACAAAAGGCUGGACCACACGAACGAAUCGAGAGUCCACCAGGGUGAGAAGUUGAGGCCUCUAACCCCACAACAGAAGCAUAUCGUGGAGGAGCAGAGUAGGCUGCAGCUGCAGAGCUGGUUGGAGGGAAAAGGCCUCACCACCAUGACAGCAGCAGACACACAGGCUGCAGACAGCUGUUCUGCCGAUGGCCGCCAUGACACACACUUGAACAGAUCGCGCCACAGUGAGCGGAGACUCAGGCAGUGGACUUCCAGUUGCUUUAGCACUCAUGCUAGCCGUAGCACAAGUAUUGUAUUGGAUGGAUUACGUUAUUUUGUAUUGUACAUGACAUAUUAUCAUAGCACAUUAAUCGCCAUGAUAGUCAUCGUCAUGAUGACAAUCUUCAUCUUAUUAGUUUCCGUAUAUUAAUUUCAAUAAGUAAUUUUAUGUUGUUAUAUUAAUUGAUAUCACAAACAUUAUUAAGAAAGGUCUUUCUAUUUUAUAAUUUUGUAUUUUGUUGAAUUAUUAAUGCAAAUAUUAUUCAUAUUAUUUUUAAAAAAAAUAUUUGCUUAACCAAGGAUUUUGUCAUUCAGUGAACAGAAAGUUAAUCGAUAUUGCAAAUCAAAGUGCAGCAUUGAGGGAUAUCUUAGAGUCCUUUAUUGAAAUACUGGAGGGCGUUGAUAGGGACUCUCAUGCUGUGAUACUUUAACACAUGUUGAUAACCUGCUUAUGGACGCCCGCAUGCACGCAUGCACACACAUAUGUGGGCACAUGCAGACACGGACGCAUCUGCAUGUGCACACACACGCACGCUCGCACGCUCGCUCGCACGCACGCACGCACGCACGCACACACACACACAC